UAUAGUUGUUAGGAUUUUUCUGGUUUUGUUCACUGGGUCUGCUUGACGUUUUUCUUUUCUGUUUGUUUGUAAAGUGACAAAGCUGAUGAUACCUUUUUCAUGCUUUGUUCUGUUCCCUUAAGAUUUAGACUCUCGUUAAGGCCUUCCCUGCAUUGGGUUGCUUGUUAAACGUGGAAUCCGACGCUUGUAAUGGCAUGACAGACUUUGAAUUUCUCUCUAUUAAAAUCAUCGAACUUUGGAGUAUAUCAUGGCGCCAGAACGGGAUCCAAGAAUUGCAAACGCUUUCAGGGCAAUGAGGAGCUUGGGGAUUGAUGCAGAAACUGUAAAACCAGUCCUCAGGAGAUUGUUGAAGUUAUACAACAGGAAUUGGGAUCUCAUUGAGGAAGACAAUUUUCGUACACUUGCUGAUGCUAUAUUUGAGCAUUCAGACGAUAAGGCAAAGGCUGAGAAAAACAGCGAUACAGUCGAUGAGGAUGUCGAGCCUCCAUUCAAGAAACCACACAGAGGACUCCCUGAGGAUCAGGUUUCGUCUACUGGAGGCAAUGGCAAAAGCAUUAAAGAUAUAGAAGAUGGUGAAGUUCCAAAAAGUUCGAAUGAUAUCAUGAUGGUAGAGUCGUCUCAAUCCGUUUCCAGGGAUCCUACUCAAUGUUGUGUAGGUGAAGCACCAAGCGGAAGCAAAUUCAAGAAUCCCAUUCGUGUAAAUUCGGCUCUGGAUGAGGAAAAUUCAUCGAAAAGGCUAAUAUUAAGGGCACCUUGUUCAAAUCAAGAUGCUAAUAAUUGUGUUUUAGAUCCUAUGAUAAGAGACAUAGCGCUUGAUCGUGAAAACGGAAAUUCAAUAGGCCUAAGGGAAAUUCAGCGAUCUCCACAGUUUGCUGCUCCCACGUCACGUAUUUGUCCAGGCUCAAGCAAUACUUCAGAACAUUCGGAAAAAAGAAAGAAAAAACUUGAGUCUGGCUCAUCAUAUGAUCAUCAAACUACAUUUCAAACUGCUUAUGAUAUAGCUUCAUCGACCUGUGGAAAAGUGAAAGUCUCCUUAACAUGCAAUCACGAUCAAUGGCAACAUAACUUCCGCGUUCCAAGUGCUGAUGAGGUCCUAAGCUUUGCAGAGAACACUUGCCACAAAUUUUACGAAACCACGGGUGCUCAGUUUUCUUUGAUAAAGCUAUUGAACGAACUCUGUGAGAGUUAUUUGGAAACAAACAGGUCAUCUGGAAAUUAUAUUCAUCGUUCAUUGAGCUGCAGCAGAGAUUCUACACGAGAGGAUCAUCCAGAAGCUGAUCAGGGCAAAAGGAUUUCAAGUGGUUCAGGAUCAUCAGUUUCACGUGGUCAUGUGAUUUCUCGAGACAGUGACAAGAAAAAGGUUUUCCAUAAAGUGAGUGACAUAACAAAUGGCACGGAAAAAGUGAAGAUUUCUCUACUAGAUGAAAAAGGCAAUGAGGAUCUGCCUCAUUACAUCUAUUGUCCAGAGAACAUUACAUAUGAAUCCGCAUACGUGCAUGCAUCGUUAGCUCGUAUCUCAGAUGAGGAUUGUUGUUCAGGUUGUAUUGGGGAUUGUCUAUCAUCAUCCAUACCUUGUACAUGUGCUCGUGACACUGGAGGGGAAUUCGCUUAUACUCCAGAAGGCCUGCUAAACGAAAAGUUUUUACAAUCUUGCAUUUCCAUGAAGCUAUCACCCAAAAAACACCACCUUUUCUACUGUCAGGACUGCCCUCUGGAGAGGGCUAAAAACAUCAACAUGCCGGAAAAAUGCAAGGGGCACAUGUUGAGAAAGUUCAUCAAGGAAUGCUGGAGAAAAUGUGGCUGCAACAUGCAGUGUGGAAAUCGAGUUGUUCAGCGAGGUAUAACAAGAAAAUUACAGGUCUUCUUGACAAGUGAAGGUAAAGGAUGGGGUCUAAGAACACUUGAGGAGUUGCCAAAAGGGAGUUUCAUUUGUGAAUAUGUUGGAGAAAUUUUGACUAACAUAGAAUUAUAUGAAAGAAACAAGAAAAGCAGGGGCGACGACAAACAUGUGUACCCAGUGCUGCUCGAUGCAGACUGGGCUACGGAAGGAGUUCUAAAGGACGAAGAUGCUCUCUGCUUGGAUGCAACUCAUUAUGGGAACGUUGCUAGGUUUAUCAACCAUCGGUGCUUGGAUGGAAACUUGCUUGAGGUUCCAGUUCAGGUGGAGACUCCUGAUCGGCAUUAUUAUCAUCUUGCUUUUUUCACUACAAGAAAAGUGGAUGCUCUAGAAGAGCUUACUUGGGAUUAUGGGAUUGAUUUUGAUGAUAAAACGCAUCCGGUCAAGGCUUUCCAGUGCCACUGUGGAAGCCAAUACUGCAGAGACAGGAAAUUGAAGAAGAAUUCGUUCAGAAAAUUUUAGUCCAAAUCGAGUUUGGUUGAAUCUGAACUAAUUAUAUAACAAAUGCAAUAUAUUUAUCUUAUAAUUAGUGUACAAUUUAGGAAAAGUGACCAAGUGACAAGUA